AUGUCCGAGUCAGGCAGCAUGCCGCCCGAGCGCCACUACCCGCCCCAAGGACCCCAAAAGGUCCGCCGCCGCCGGCGCGUCCUCCUCUGCCUCGCCUUCACCGUCCUCGUCCUGCUGCUCCUCGCCGCGGCGGCCGCCAUCGCCCUCCUCGCCAUUCUCCGCCCGCGGGACCCCGUCACGGAGCUGGUCUCGGUCAACGCCACGGGCGUCCUCCCGAGCGUCGUCCAGCUGCCGACCGUCUCCGUCCAGCUCAACCUCACCUUCCGCCUCGUGGUCCGCGUCCGGAACCCGAACCCGGCCGCGUUCCGCCACGGCGCCGCCACCACGUCCCUCUACUACCGCGGCGCCGCCGUGGGCUACGGCGAGGUGCCGGCCGGGACCGUGCCGAGCCGGGGCGCCACCACCGUCCGGAUGAACAUGACGGUGCAGGCCGACCGGGUCGUGGCGGCCGCCGGGAUCGGGGGCCUCAUCGCGGACGUGCUCGCCGGCGAGAUGGAGUUCGAGGCGAGGACCGAGGUGCCGGGCACCGUCGUGCUCCUCGGGUUCGUGAAGCGCAGCGUCGAGGCCAGAUCGGUGCGCCGCGUCGUCAUCGGCGAUUCGGCGUCGCCGACGUCAGCGUUCGGCGCCAGGAGUGCGACUACGAAGUCAAGCUGUGAAGUGUCUUGA